AUGUACUUUUCACUGCCAAGCUCGCUCGUAAUUUACAGCUUGCUGCUCGCCGGCUCGACGGUUGUGUGCCCGCCUAAUAAUUAUGAAACGCUGGGAAGCACGCUCAAGAUCAAGGAGAUAGUUUCGAGUCGGUACGCAAAAGGCGAGGAAGCAGCCCUCAAUCAGCCCUUAAAAGAACAGCCCAACCUACUGGCACUAGCAAGAAAACAGGAUCCGGAGAUGACUCGGCGACAGAAGAUGUUGACCUUUGGAAGGUCCUAUAGUAUAGGCGGGAAGGUGUUUGGGAAGAUAUGGGAGGGGAUUAAGAACGGAUGGAGGCCGAUCGGCUCGUUCUUCAAGAGGAUGGUCACCCGGUUCGACGAGGACAUCGACAAGAAGGACCUCAAGACUCUCCAGGAUGCCAAACGUGCCAACAAACUUCCCGAUACUCUUUUUGAUCCUCUCCUUCCUCAUCACUCUCCAGACGACUUGAAUCACCAGCACUCUUCAGCCACCUACGACCCUGCUCAUCAUCCAGCUACCCAAGAGCAACCGUACUUCCAUCCUGCCCAGACCACCUAUCCUCCACCCUCCUUCGAUUCUGCCCACCAUUACCCUGCUCCUUAUGCCGAUCAUCCUCCGCAGCCUGCCGCUCAAUUCCCUUAUAAUGAUUUCUAUCAUCACGGUUCAACUAGCUCAGGUGCUCGACACACUGAAACCAGCUCUGGUUCUCACCAAUAG